UUUUAUUUUUAAAGAAAGAUUCAAAAUGGUUGCAAGCGAGUGCUGAAUUUGAUGUUUUUGACAGUAAUUGACAAAAUCAGAAAACAUUGUAUAAAACCUUUAUUUAUUGAAGAUAGAAUCAGUGUUUAUUCAGGCUUAAAAAGUAGUUAGCCAUAACUAAAGUUGUUUGUACUAGCAAUGUUGUAAACUUCUAGCAGACUAUUCGCUAAAUGUGUGGUUGUUUCUUCAAGAGUUGGACAGUGUACUAUAUUUUAACUGUCUACAUUAAUAGAUUUGCAUUAUUGGAGAAUCGAAAUAAUUAUUGCAUUCAUAUGGAUUCUGAAAAUAAAAAUGCUGAUUGUACUCACCCUUUAAAUUGUACUGUGACAGAAACUUGUGAAGAUGAAAAAGCACCUUGUUUUACAUUGUAUAUUCAAAAUCUUUCUGCCACUAAUGAAACUUUAUUGCCACAUUCCUCUGGAUGCUGGCAUCAAGAUGACACUCAUGUUUUCUUAAAAGAUGAAUGUUACCUUGAGCACCAAACAACAAUACAAAAUUUCAUUACAUAUAUUUGUCUAUGUACUGGGCAUCUUUGCAAUAAAAAUGUAAUUUUUAACCAGACUGUAAUGGUGACCAAGCCCCCUAUUGAGAUGGCAACAAUGCUACAGACUUUAAAACAGUCAAAUAAACCUCCUUACAACUAUAGCAAGUUUUUAUACAUUGUUGUUCCGUGUUUUGGUGUUAUCACUAUAGUUGGCAUUUUGGUUUACAUGUGGCGAAAGAAUAAAAUUAUAAAUGAAACACAUUUACCUUUAAUAGGUUUACCACCUCCUCCUAGCCCUCCUAUCAUAUCUAAACAUAUUGAUCUGCAUGAAAUAAUAUCGCAUGGACAGUAUGGUCAUGUAUGGAAAGCACUAUAUGAAAAUAAAUUGGUGGCUGUUAAAAUGAUGCUUCCUAGUGAAAAAGAUUCUUGGGAAACUGAAAGAAAAAUUUAUUCAAAUUAUAUAUUACACCAUGAAAAUAUUCUAAACUUUCAUGCUGCUGAAAAGAGACUUGAAAAUAAUUAUAUUCAAUAUUGGAUUAUAACUGAGUUUCACCAACAUGGAUCUCUAACAGAUUUUUUAACUUUUAAUAUUAUUGAUUUAAAAACAUUAAUUAACUUAUCUUUAAGUAUUGCAAAUGGCCUCACUUACUUGCAUGAAAAUAUGAAAAAACCUUCCAUUGCUCAUAGAGACUUUAAAAGUCGUAAUGUGUUAGUGAAAGAUAAUUUCACUUGUUGCAUAAGUGAUUUUGGAUCUUCAUUUGCAUUCGAUGACAAUGCUGAUAAAGAAAAAGCUAAGUUUCAGGUUGGAACUAAACGAUAUAUGGCUCCUGAAGUUUUGGAAGGAGCGAUUGCAUUUCGCACUGAGGCCUUUUUAUGUAUAGAUAUAUAUGCCCUAGGCCUGGUGUUAUGGGAGAUUUUAUCAAGAUGUGGUGAAACACAAGCACCAAUUGGUAACUAUCAAGCACCAUAUGAAAAUAUUGUGGGAUUGCAUCCUUCCAUAAGUGAUAUGGUGGAGUGUGUUUGUGAACGUAAACUAAGGCCGAUUAUUUUACCAGAGUGGACAGAGCAUCCAAUUUUAAAAGAGUUCUGUGAAACAAUUGAGGAGUGUUGGGAGAUGGAGGCUGAUGCUCGCUUAUCUGCUUGGUGUGUUUAUGAGCGUCUUGUUGAACAAGCUCGUAACUUAGAAAAUCAUCUGAACAAUGAUGAUAUCUCUCAAUACAAGUUUUGUGAUAGCAAUUAUUUAUGUUAAAAAUCUGUAUAGCAUUUGCCUAUAUUCUAUGUGUUUUAUUAAAUUAGAUGCUGUAUAUACGCCGCAUAAUUUAUUAAUCUUGGUUUUACCUACAUGCAAUGUAAUUUAUUAGAGUAUCUAACUGGUUGAGUACCUACUUGGUUUUACCUACAUGCAAUGUAAUUUAUUAGAGUAUCUAACUGGUUGAGUACCUACUUGGUUUUACCUACAUGCUAUGUAAUUUAUUAGAGUCCUAAAGUAUAUGCUGUUUUAAUGCUGCAUAUUUGUUAAAAUCUUAACAAAUUAUGAUUAACUGAAUGAUUCCUAAAUGCUACAUAAAGAUUUAAGUUAAAUCCUAUUGACAUUUUAUAUUUAUUAGAGUUUUAAAUUAGGUGCUACAUAAUGAAUGAUGAAAGCUUAUUAUAGAAGCCACUUAAAAUUAAUUAUAAAUUAUGUAGUACAUAAAUCUUUUUUAUGCACGGCACUCACUCAGUUUGUUUUUU